AAUCGAGAACCAGCUGUGGCCGGAGUGGUGCUGGGCAAGAUGAUGUGCAGCAGCCCAGCUGAGAGCUCUACCCGUACCCGCAAUUUUUAGCUGGACAGAUAUGUUGCAGAGGGUACUGUUUGUUCUGCACAAAGCUUUAUUGGCAACUAUGAACAGAAUUUAUUUGUUUUCAUGCAAUACGCUGUUUUCCACUAUAACCAAGGCCCGCAAGACGGUUGGCAGCACUGGGCCUGCCACAGGGGUAGUGAAGAUAUCAAGGGAUCUCCUCAUGAAGACCUACACUCCAUAUAGGGGAAGUGGCAUUCAAGACGUGACAGAGGACAGUUGCGAAGCCCCCCUAGAUGACGACUCCCUCGACCAUAGCCUGCAGCCAACAGACACCUGCCAGAUGUUGCUGACGCUGGAGGGGGAUGGCCAGCUGCCCAGCACAUCUCGGCUGGAGCCGACUCAUCCGGUGUCACCACCUCAAGUGGCUCCAGUGGCAGCACCGACGCAGGCUACGGUUUCACCUGCUGUGCUUCCAGACCCACCUUCAAGAAAGCCAGGCCACAAGGCAACCGCCUCAGAGCGUGAUGCCAGAGAGUAUGCAUCACUGUGCAAGAUUCUCAGUUCCUUGUAGCCAGCCUCACGUUAAGGAUGGUGAACUUACUUCCUGGUGGGCAGAUCGACUGCAUGCCGCGUGGUGUCCGAUGUCUGCGAUGCUCGAUGGGAUAUACUUCAGCCCGUGCACCUGAUCUGCCCGCAGACAGCUGAGGAAUGG